CUCGGUAUUAUGGUGUGUGUGCACCCGAGUGGGAUGUGGUGGCGACCUGGUGCGUGUGCAUCUGCAAAUGUAAAAGGAAUUUAGCCGGCUGGCUUCUGUGAAAAAGCCAAGAAGUCGGCAGCGCUUGCACACGCUGUGACCCCCGACUUGAUGUUGCGGAUCCAUGAACAAUCCACUGUUUCCUACGUACGGAAAGUCCAUUCUAUCACGAGACUUUCGGGAGAAACUGAACGUGACUGGCGUUUGCUCCGCCGUUUCUCCGCGAACACAGACGCCUCAGCCCUGUUAGGGAAACCCUCCUACCUUGUCAAGACACAGGCGAAUGUGCACGACAGUAUUGGGGCAAGCUUCUAGUGCACCGCCCAAUGCACCACUUCGUUUCGCGUUUUUCCAUUUUCAAAGUCCUCUGUACAGACGACCAUUAGGAAGGAAACUUCCAAGUUCUUCGUCUCUCUCCACGAAUUCCAGCCGACACGCCAGCUGGAGUAUCUCUGUUAUAACCCGGCAUGGUUGCCGCUUGGAGGGGUUAUGUGUCUUCGGUCGUUUUCUACCCGACAAAUUCGAGAUGUACGUCGAGAAACGCCAACGGAAAGGCCUUUUCGUGUUUCCAGACGAAAAAAGAGACUAAGAGAAACAACUCGAAAGGAAGCGAAGGGGCGGGCGGGCCUUCUUUGCCCCGAAUCUGCCGCCGAAUUUUCGACUCCAGCCGCAUUUUCCGUCUCCGCUCGUGGCUUCCUGGCUGAGCCACGAGGUGUACAUACACCUCAACACCAAGCCACGGAACUCCAUGAGUUCUGUCAGCACGAACCAUGACUUCUGUGGAACACAUCUGGAAUCUGCGGCGCCACCGAUUUUUCUCGGAGGUUUCCGAGACAAGACACGAUUCUUCGAGUCCAGCGCACACUAUGAAAAAGUCCAGAGUUCCGCGUUUGCGACAAGUCGGCGAAGCGCUUCUUGUCUGACGAUUCCGGCACCAGGGGAGACUCCAACACGGCGUCAACAGGAGAGUGGAAGCCUUGAAGGCGGGAACGGGGGAGAACCCGCGACCGAACGCGAGAGCUGCGUAGCUGCGACGGUCCGAAGGCAUCAUCAAACUGUUAAUCUCUUCUUUCCACGAUUUAUAGUGUACCGGAAGUGAUCUAUUGUAAGAUCUAGGCGAGGUCGAGUCCUUCCCCGCCUCUGUUGGAGUCUUCUCCACCGGACGAGACCAGAUCCAUGACCCACCAGGCCGCGUAGUCUUCCUGUCAAGGAGACGCAUACUUUUUCUCCGUACCCGAGACUCGGAUCCGAUCAGCACAGGCCUUUAAGAUCUGAACAGCAGGUUCGUCUUGCCGGGCCUUCCCGACCAGCGAAGAUGGAUGUGUCUCUCCGCGAUCAAGCGGCGCCGGACGCCCUCGAAGAAGCAGGUCCCGAGCUUUCUUCCCAGUCUCUCUUUCCAUCUCCGCAGUCGUCGCUAGCGUGUCUCCUCACCACAGUGCCUCGGUACGCAGCUGCUUCUCUGCUGAAGGAGAAUGCGCUGAUCUGGGGAAAGGACUCACUCCCCAGAGAGUCACUCCCUACCGUAGAGUCGAGAAACCCUUCCCACCCAGCAUGCAACGUUCAGCGGGGGGUGGCUGCCGAGUGGAAGCUUCAGAGAGAAACUGGCACAAGUCUCUGGGCCGCCGACUGCGACGGAGCGACUUCCGCGGCCUGCUCCUCCGACUGGGGGGACGCCAGGUGUACGUACACCGGAGAUAAGGCUCGCGCUACGAGUGAAGUCCGGAGGCAGGAAGACACUCACUCCUCGUUUUGUGGACUGCCGGACGAGCGAGAUUCCUCGCGAGAUGUCGAGGAAGACGAGAAGACACAUCCGAAGAGCGAUAAAGAUCGUGGACGAGCGGCAACACGCAGCGCGAUUCACUCUGGGCAGGCGUCUGGGUCGUGUAAAAAAACUGGGGAAGGCGAUUUGGUUCCAAAGGUCGCUGCUCAGAGACAGCAGGGGUGGGAGGCUCGGGGGGUCGAGGCCUUGUGUGAGGGGGAGGCUCCGAGACAAAUCCAUUUUUUUUCGUCAGCAGGCAAUCCAGAGUUGUUGCGCGUCCCAGCAGACUCGCGUAGGCUUCCCCAUACAGACGGAGGGUGCGACCGAAGCGGGUCUUUCUCCCGAACUGCACUUGGUCCAGAAAAGUGCUCUUUCGCACCCGCAUCAGCUCAUGAGGGGGAAACAGACACCAUGCGACGGUACCUCAAAGCACGGUUGCACGCCGAGCGAAGCCAAGAAGACCCGGGAGCUGUCUCCAUUCUGGAGCGCGGCACACAGGAGGAAGAGGCAGUGAACGAACGAAUGGGGUGUGUGCGGAACGAGCGCGCAACAGAGACCCACGGAGCCGUCUCCGAGUGUCUAGAGACUGGAGACCCAGCAGCGACAGUGAAUGGGGAGUCUGCCAAAGCGGCAGGCUGUGGAGAGACGGAGGACGCGAGUCCCCAGGAAGAAGAGUGCGACAGUGAGGCGGAAGAACAAGAGAGAGAGCGGCGAGUGGCAGCAAACUACAAGCCGCUCUUCGUGCCGGUUGACGAGCGACUGGGGAAGAAAAUCAACUGUUCCUUCGUUCGAGGCGAUCUGCGCAUGUACCCGAAGAAACUGACUCAAUUUGGAGAAGUCCAUUACUCCCCGCGAUACGAAGAUGAUCGAUACGUUUACCGCCACGUUCUCCUCUCCAGCGGGGUUCGAAAGGCAGCCGAGGAAAUGGCAAAGCACCACUCAAAAACUGGCUUUCUGAGUGAGGAGCAAUUCAUUUACCAGCUAGGCAUCGACCUGUCUCCGGGGUGGCAGCACUUCAUGCGCUUCAAAGGCCGUCUCAGAGAACUCAUUCUGCGCAGGCCUCCAACGGUCGAGGAUGAGAAGCGAGAUGGCGCGCCUGGAGAGGGUGACGAAAUUUCGGUGGACUCCGAUGACUCGGACUUCGACGAAUCUUCUCGCCUUGUCAAGACUUCCAGGAGUUCGCGGCGCUCUGCAGACGUCGCAGAUACCGCAGCACCGCCUACGAGACUGGACGACGAAGAGCAGAAAUCGGGGAUUGCUCUCUCUGAAGCAUCCGCCCGCGAGGCAUCAUGCCUAGGUCCUGUGUUAUCUGUCGAACGUUGCGACUCUGCGGAAGAGCAGCAGCGUCGCGUCCCGGAAAGGCCAACAGAAGAUACGCAGGAAAAGCCGUUUCGACAGAGAGCCGGGAAGGCGGUUCUCGAGGCUGCGGCUGGCCCUGGGGGGGUCUCCCGGCUGCAAGAGGAAGCAGACAAAGUGGCGGUCGUGUCUCAGUUGGGAGUCGCGAAUUCUGCAAGCGAAGGAAGCAGCAGCGACGGCGCUCAGGUAUCUUCUGUACACUCGAGGCGUCAGCCUUCCGCGGAAAUUCGGUCGCAGGCCGUCCGAAAAGACGGUCCAUGUCCAUCUGUUGAAAGCGCACAGGAGGCACCCACUCGCGAAAGGGAGAGCGCGUGCGGCGCAUCAGAUCCGGGAGAGUGUUGUCGCUCUGAAAGUGAAGACGAGAAAGGAAAACCUCCAGAACAGGUAUCCGAAGAAGUUGCGCGACAGAGGUCCUGCGUCCAGAGUCGCGGGAGUGCCGGGCCGCGCGCAUGUCGAAAAAGGAAAGGUGCGCCGCAGGUGUGUGGCGUGGAGAAGGUCCCAGCGAAGGCAGGCUCGGGUGUCUGUAAAGCUCAGAGGUGCGAGACCGCCUGCAGCAGACGCAGCUGCGUAGCUGGGAAGCAAGUUUUCGCGGAAAAGGAGGGAGAAAGGAACUCGGGGCAGAGCAGCUGUGCGCGCGGUCGAAGGCGAGUUUAUGAACAGAAGAAAUCUGGGAUUUCGGGGCACGAGAAACAUCCCAAGAGACCUCGACGGGCUCGAGUUGCAGGGGAGGGGACCAGUCCGUCGUGAGGGCGUCCCAGCGAUAAGAAAUGUAUCCAGAAUCGGUGGCGCGUUGCUUUUGUCGUCACGCCUUUUCAAUCCAGGGUCCGCUUCUGAGAUUGAGCUGUGACUAGGAGCUUCGCCGUCAAGUCUCUCGACGUUGGAUCGGCUGUGCUCGCGAACUCAAACACUGCAUUGGUCCCAUCUCGGGCUGCGAGAUUCGACGAGCACCGGGGACAAAAACAACGGGAAGGGAAGCACGGCUUUUCACUAAGUGGCGUCUGUCUGUAUUUGAAACCAAUAGACGCAGAUAAAGAGCUCACUCGCUGUCGGUUAAGAAGGUUUCAACUGUACUUUGCUAGCACGCGAGAAGCCUGCGUGUCGAGGGCGUCUGAGCCUCGAAAAAGUGUGUCUGGGGUCAGCGUCGCGGGUAACGAAAGGACCGUGUGGAGGGGUCAAUCGCAGAUCACUGAAACUACAAAGAUGUGGAUCUCAGAUCCUUUGUCUCUUUCUGGGUGCUGCGCGUUGUGUACACUUUCUUUUGAAUUUGCGGUCUGAAGCAAAAGAGAGACAAGGGGUGAGUCGCCUUCUUCUCUUGGGGACGCGGGAGUGAGACGCGUUUGUUCUCGGGUGCGGCGCACCCGACGACUCUUACGAAAGUUUUCGGUGAGGAAUUGCGUUUUUGUGGGAAUCGUUUCGAUACUUGUGCAUGCGAAAGGACGAGUGAGCAGUCUGUGGAAGAGACCCGGAUUUCUCAGGCGCUGCUCUCGGUUGCGAAAGGAACGCACAAAUCCCGAGUUGGGAGGUCGAACGGUUGCAAGUGGAAUUUUUCCCUAGGGUGAUAGAAGUGUCCAUGUAUGGGUAGAAGUAAAGGCGAUCUGCUCUUCUUAAAAAUACUGAAUUGGUGCCGUUGCUACGGUUACUGUCAGUGUCUGCAAUCAAGACAUCCAGAUGUUUCGAUUUCAUGUCCUUGUCACUUCGGGGAGAGGACGUUUUCAAUGUGAUUCCCGCGACAGGCGGACUGCUCGUUUAUGCCUUCCUG